AUGUACACUUACGAUCCACGUUUGUCCGAUCACCAACACGUGCACUAUAUCGCUAACAAGCCCUCUCCCCACCGUUCAGCAGGUGCCGGUGACACGGAGUUGGACCACUCCAUCAAUCAGAUCCAGAUGUUCCACGUGUGCUUUGUAACUACAGUGGGACGGUCGACUGUAACACGGCAGCAUGACGAUACCUCAGCCACAGGGACUAGCAUGUACACCUCCGACAACCACAAGAUAUACAUUGAUCUGGUCAAGCAGCUCACGGCCGGGCUGGUGCAUGAAGAGUUGCGAUGCGGGUUUCUGAGCUCACAGGUAG